GAACCGCUCUCCGCCUGACCUGCGCUCAUCCCGCUGAUUAACAGCCAAUUAACAACCAAUUAACAGCCAAUUAGGGCUCCGGGCGGGAGUGUGGCCCGCGCAUGUAAUUCAUCAGAGCCAACGACGCGCUGCGACUCUGCUGGAUCUCUGGAGACAUGUCGGACACCGCCGGCUGUGAGUUUGAGAUCGACGUGGAGAGUCUGGAGACGGAGAGCGACGACGCGCUGGAGCCCUGCAGCCGCCCCGGGGACGAGGGCGCCGGCGGCGCCGAGGGCUCCGGCAAGCCGGGGGACGAGCCGGGAGAGCAGCCGGGGCCCCGCGGCCUGAGCUCCGGCGACCACAGGAAGCUGAGCCGCACGCCCAAGUGUGCGCGCUGCCGCAACCACGGCGUGGUGUCCUGCCUGAAGGGCCACAAGCGCUUCUGCCGCUGGAGGGACUGCCAGUGCGCGAACUGCCUGCUGGUGGUGGAGAGGCAGCGGGUCAUGGCGGCGCAGGUGGCGCUGCGGCGGCAGCAGGCGACGGAGGAUAAGAAAGGGAUCUCUGGGAAACAAAUUCCAGCAGAGAGGAGGAUUUAUCAGCGACACAUUCGACCGUCCACCAUGCUCGCUAAAAGCAUCCUUGAAGGAUACCGUCCGGUGCAGCCCGACCCGUUCCUGGCAGCCAACUCGUCUCUCCCUCCACCGCUGAGCGAUCGCAUGAGGAAGAGACGGGCCUUCGCUGACAAGGAGCUGGAGAACAUCAUGCUGGAGCGCGAGUACAAGGAACGAGAGCUUCUGGAGGGCAACCAGACGGCCAGCAACCCACUCCUGUUCCCCGGCGGCCUGGCUCACCGCGCGGCCGAGUACGGCUCUUACAAGACGGCGUACUCGCCGGCGUCGCAGGUGGAGCCCCAGCCCAACUUCCUGGGCCCCAACUGCCUGGAUCUGUCCAUGCAGUACUCCGCCGGAGCCGCCAACGUGGAGCUCAUCUCCUCCAACGUCAGCGUGGCCACCACCUACCGCCAUUACCCCCUGCAGCCGUCGCGCGGCGGCUUCAUGAUGUGGCCCCGCGCUUCCAGCAGCCUGGGCGACGCCCUGCUCUACCAGCAGUGUCUGUUCAACGCCACGGCGGUACAGAACAUGAAGCCGGGCGCCGUCUGGGAGCCCAAGGCCAUGCCUGCCGAGAGCCAGCCGCCGGAGCAGGAGACGGCGGCCGCUCUCAGCGCUAAGGUGGAAGGAUCCCGAGCCGCCGCCCCGCAGGACUCACCGGCUUCCCAGCGGUCAGACCUGAAACCCCCCGGCGGCCCCCCGGGGGGCCAGAGGGAGUGCUCGGCCUUCUCCCCACCCAGGAGGAGCUCCAGCCAGGUCCUGAACAAGCUGAGCAGCAAGGACAGACUCUCCAUGAAGAUCAACUCCUUCCACUCCCUCCUCCAGAACUCUCUGAGCGAGAAGAGCGGCGCCGGGUCCGGGCCGGAGCUCCGGGCUCCGUACUGCAAAGAGCUGCUCGAGGAGGCGGCUCGCAGGUUCAGGGAGGGAACUCCCAAGGACAUUCAGGCGGCAAAAAUCACAAACCGCUAUGGCAAAGACUUUCUCUCCAAACCUGUGGGGACCAAGAUGGCGUCCGGCGAGUCGCUGUCGUUCUCUGUGGAAGCCAUUCUGAAGCGGCCGGCGCCCGUCAUGAGUCGAGCGUUCCACUGACGAAUCCACGGGUCUUCUGUUGCGCUGUAAACAUCACGUUUGUCUCCCCGAGGAGAUUAACGGUGACCCACGUUCACGUGCAGUUUCUCUUCUAUUACUUGUGCAUGUUUGAAUAACUUUAUUGAGUAGAGUAUUUAAACAUUAUCCCAUGUUUUUUCCCUCAUGUCAAUAAACUUUAUAAGA